ACCACAGAUGAGAACAGAGUUUUCACGGAGUGUUUGACUGCGUCUUCUUUCUCUUCUUGUUCUAAUAAAUUCAUUACAUUCCGAUGGAAGAAGACGAACAAGAUAGAUUUCUUUUUAUCAUUCCUUGUUCUCAUCUAAUUUUAAUAUAAAAAAAAUUCAUGAUGGUUUCGCCGUCUGAUGCCGACCCUUUUGAAUUAAUAAUACCUUUUCUCCAUAUCACUCCAAGCGGCAAAAUUACAUGUUUUCAUCAGUCUCUCUCUCGCUUUUUUUAUUAUGUUUCUUGGUAACUCGGGAGAAGAAUAAGUAUAUGGAAAGAGUCUUCUUUUAUCAUAUAUGUAUAUUUAUAUUCCAUAUAUGAGUAAUUAUUAUUGCCUUUUGUAUCGAUUUCUCUUGUUCAAUGACCAACAUGUGAAGAUCAAUAUCUGCUUUUGCCUGUCAGUUUAAAGCCAUGGAAAAUAGAAGAUCUCUAGAGGCUAUGUCAGAGCUAAUAGCAUCAGCUAGGGAGGUUAGUUCUCUGGCGCAAAGCCAUGAAACUGAGAGGCAAAUUUUCACUGAAUUUGCUUUUUUGGUUGAUAAAUUCAUUCCAAUUCUCAAUGAGUUAAGCGAAGAAAAUAAAAUUUUGGACCACCCUCCAGUCCAAAAAGCUGUAGAAUCACUAGGGAAAGAGUUCAACCGCGCCAAGGCUAUGAUCAGAAGUCCGAACCCGAAAAGUUUGGUUAAGCAAGUGGAGAACAUGAUUCAUGACUUGGGGAGAUCAUUAGGCCUCGUGCUAUUUACCAGUCUUGAAGUUUGUGCAGAUUUCAAGGACAAGAUUGGGGUGCUCCAUAGAGAAUUGAUGAAUGCGAAGCUAGACCCGGGUUCGGUUGCGAGCUCGAGUCACCAUUCCGCGAGUGUUGGCGAGUUGGAAGUGGAAGAGGAAAUACAGGAGGAGAGGAUUAGUAUUGGUGUUGAUGAGGUUGUGGUGAAAUUGAAGUAUGGUGAUGAUGAAGAGCUUAGAUUGGCACUUUUAAUAUUGAGUGAGUUGAUCGGAGGUAAGAAGGUUGGGAAUGAGUGGAUUGAAUAUGAGGGAGUUAUUCCUGCUUUAUUUAACAGGUUAAGCUCUAGUAAGCCAGAACAUAGGCUGACCAUGAUUCAUUUGCUGAGAACCCUUGCUCUGGACAAUGAUGAAAACAAGGUAAACACUGUGCAGGAAAAGAUGGCAGAUGUGGGGUUCUUGUCAACAUUAGUGAAGUCAUUGGUAAGAGAGGAGGAGGAGAGGAGAGAAGCUGUUGGCCUACUAUUGGAUCUUUCUGAAGUUUCAGCUGUCCGGCGGCGGAUUGGCAGAAUCCAAGGUUGCAUUGUCCUCUUGGUUGCUCUACGAAAUGGGGAUGACCCUGUCGCUUCACGUGACGCUGCAAAGCUGUUGAAUGGCUUGUCUUGCAACGCACAAAACGCGCUGCAUAUGGCGGAGGCAGGCUACUUCAAGCCAAUAGUGAAGUACCUAAAGGAAGGCUCUGAUAUGAGUAAGAUCCUUGUGGCAACAGCACUUUCAAGGAUGGAGCUCACAGAUCAAUGUAGAGCUUCCCUUGGAGAAGAUGGGGCCAUAGAACCCCUAGUAAGAAUGUUCACUGCAGGAAAACUUGAAGCCAAAUUUUCUGCUCUAAACGCUCUGCAGAACUUGUCAAGUUUGGCAGAAAAUGUACAACGUUUAAUCCAUUCAGGCAUUUUGUCAUCUCUACUUCAGCUACUCUUCUCUGUUACCUCCGUGCUUAUGACUCUUCGUGAGCCCGCAUCAGCAAUUCUCGCAAGGAUUGCUGAGUCGGAAUCCAUUCUCGUUAAUCACAAUGUGGCUCAGCAGAUGCUCUCACUUUUGAACCUUUCCAGUCCAGUGAUUCAGAUUCACCUAUUGCAAGCUCUUAAUAGCAUUGCCUCGCAUUCUAGUGCCUCCAAAGCUAGAAGAAAAAUGAAGGAGAAUGGUGCUGUUCAGCUUCUCUUACCCUUUCUCAUGGAAACCAACAUCAAAAUAAGAAGUAGUUCCUUGAAAUUGCUCUACCCUCUUUCUAAAGAUUUAUCACAAGAAUUGUCAGAACAAAUAGGAGAAACACAUAUCAUUAUAAUUAUCAACAUUGUUUCAUCAUCAACAUAUGAGAGUGAAAAAGCUGAUGCACUUGGGAUUCUGAGCAGCUUUCCUGUUAGUGAUAAGAAAGUUACUGACAUACUUAAGAGGGAAAACUUACUACCCAUUAUUGUCUCCAUGACGACUUCAAGCCCCGUGACAACAACGCCCGAAACACUACAAUUGUCAGAGAGCAUUGCAAGCGUCUUGAUUCGGUUCACUGGUCCUUCUGAUAAGAAGCUACAGCUAUACUCGGCAGAAAAUGGGGUGAUCACUUUACUUGUGAAGUUGCUCUCAAGUGAGUCAACGGUUGCUAAAUGCCGCGCUGCAACCUCACUAGCUCAGUUAUCACAGAACUCACUCUCUCUAAAAAAGUCAAGGACGCCAAGGUGGUUCUGCGUUCCACCUUCUACAGAGGCCUUUUGCGAAGUUCACGAGGGCUACUGCUUCGUGAAGAGCACAUUUUGCUUGGUCAAGGCUGGUGCUGUGCCCCCACUGCUCAGAAUAUUGGAAGGCAACGAGAGGGAAGCGGAUGAAGCUGUACUAAGUGCCCUCGCGACUCUAUUGCAAGAUGAAAUUUGGGAGAACGGAAGCAAUUACAUAGCGAAAACAUCACGGGUUCAAGCCAUUGUAAAAGUGUUGGAAUCAGGGAACACAGAGGCGCAAGAGAGAGCGUUGUGGAUACUUGAGAGGAUAUUUAGGGUUGAGGAACAUAGAGUUAAAUACGGUGCAUAUGCUCAGGUUGUGCUUAUUGAUCUGGCUCAGCAGGGAGAUUCCAGAUUGAAAUCAACCAUUGCAAAGUUGUUAGCACAGCUGGAGCUCUUACAGGAUCAAUCUAGUUACUUUUGAGACAAAUUGUUACAUGAAACCAGAAUUAUUUUUCUCAUAUGUUUGUUUUUUCCUUUUUUUUUUCCUCUGUUUGCCCUGUAAAGACAUUCAUUCAAUACUUUAUGUUAUACAUCUUUCAGUUCCUUA